AUGACCGCUGAUCAGGUUCCUGUUCACCCAGUUCCAGAGCGUUUGGCUAACGCCCAAGAAUGCCCAAAGCCAUUUGUUUCCUCGUUGGAGCAAUAUCGUUCCAUGUGGCAAGAAAGUGUUGACCACCCUGACAAGUUCUUUGGCAAUCUUGCCAACGAGUUGCUUUCAUGGUCCAAGCCUUUUGAAACCGUCAAGCAUGGCUCAUUUGAGACUGGUGAUGUUGCCUGGUUCCUUGGUGGUGAAUUGAAUGCGUCGUACAACUGUGUUGAUCGCCAUGCAUACCAAAACCCAGACAAGAUUGCUAUCAUCCAUGAAGGUGAUGAGCCUGAUCAUGUGCGACAUAUCACUUACGGCGAGUUGUUGCGUGAAGUGAGCAAGAUGGCUAAUGUUCUCAAGAAUAUGGGUGUUCGUAAGGGUGAUAACGUUGCUAUCUAUAUGCCAAUGAUUCCCGAAGCUAUCAUUUCCAUCCUUGCAUGUGCUCGUCUUGGCGCUCCUCAUUCGGUUGUCUUUGCUGGUUUUUCCGCCGAGUCAUUGCGUGAUCGUGUUGUUGAUUGUUCAGCACGUGUGGUGAUUACUUCUGAUGAAGGUCGUCGUGGUGGUAAGAACAUUGCUACCAAGCGUAUUGUCGAUGAAGCAUUGGGCAAUGCUCAAACCCAAGUUGAGCACGUCAUCGUCUAUCGUCGCACUGGUUCACCAGUACCCUGGGUGGCUGGUCGUGAUGUGUGGUGGGAUGAUGAGAUGUCAAAGGUCCGCGCUGUGUGUGCCCCAGAACGCAUGAGUGCCGAAGAUCCACUCUUUUUGCUAUACACAUCAGGUUCCACGGGUGCUCCAAAGGGUAUUUUGCAUACUACAGGUGGCUAUCUUUUGGGUGCUGCUGCCACUGUAAAGUACAUUUUCGAUUACCAUCCUGAAGACAUCUUUGCUUGUAUGGCGGACAUUGGCUGGGUCACUGGUCAUUCGUACAUUGUGUAUGGUCCUUUGACAUUGGGUGCUACAACGGUGUUGUUUGAAUCCACCCCAACGUACCCCAACCCAUCGCGUUUCUGGGACCUUAUUCAAAAGCACAAGAUCACUCAAUUCUACACUGCACCCACUGCUAUUCGUGCCCUUCGUCGUCUUGGUGAUGAAUGGCUCCAAGGCUAUGAUCUUUCCUCUUUGCGUGUUAUUGGCUCUGUUGGUGAACCUAUCAACCCUGAAGCUUGGGAUUGGUAUAAUGAAAAGGUUGGCCAAAAUCGUUGCGCCGUUGUUGAUACCUAUUGGCAAACCGAAACGGGUUCCAUCAUUGUAUCUCCCCUUCCUGGUGCCACUCCUACUAAGCCUGGAUCAGCUACUUUGCCUUUCUUUGGUAUCAAGCCUAUCAUCCUUGACCCUACUUCGGGUAAGGAAAUCACCGAAGCUGAUGAAACGGGUGUUCUUGCUGUCACACAACCUUGGCCAUCUAUGGCACGUACUGUAUACAACAACCACUCUCGCUACCUUGAUACUUACCUCAAGCCUUAUCCCGGUUAUUACUUCACUGGUGAUGGUGCAUCGCGUGAUAAGGAUGGCUAUAUCUGGGUCCGUGGUCGUGUUGAUGAUGUCAUCAACGUCUCUGGUCAUCGUCUCUCUACUGCCGAAAUUGAGUCUGCCAUGGUUGCCCAUGAGGCUGUUGCCGAAGCUGCUGUCAUUGGUGGUAAUGAUGAUUUGACGGGUCAAUGUAUCCAUGCCUUCGUUUCAGUGAAGCCCCAUGUCGAAGCAGCUGAUGGUCUUGAUAAGGAGCUCAAGAUUCAGGUUCGCUCUGUGAUUGGCCCAUUCGCUACACCUAAGGCUGUUUAUAUUAUUUCCGAUCAUCCCAAGACUCGCUCUGGUAAGAUCAUGCGUCGUAUUCUUCGCAAGAUUGUCAACGGUGAGCAAGAUCAACUUGGUGAUAUUUCUACUUUGGCCGAUCCUUCCGUUGUUUCUCAAUUGAUUGAGAAGGUUCAUGGUACCAAGGCCUAA